AUCGUUAAAUGUUGAACGACGGCCAUGGCCAUCUCAUCCUCUGUCAUGGGAUCCAAUCCCCUUUCCUUUCUCCCAUCUUUCGGAACACACUUCUGUCUAGAGUCCACAAUUCCCUGCUUCUCGGAGGAGUCGUUUUUUUCACUGUUUGGUCGCCUCUCAUGGUCCUGUGACCACUGACUGUACUCUGGUUACCGAGCUUCAAUCCUGUGCACUACAACAUAGCUUCGAUGUUUUUUCAGUUUUGGAUCGUGUGGAGGGAGAUUUGAGAUCGUGGGUUUAGGGGUUGGAGGAGAGACAUGGCCGCGAUGCUGGCGGUUCCUGCUGUUGGGGUUGUGCGGGCGCAGCAGGAUGGCUGGCUGGCGUCGCCCAAAAAUGUGGCAUCCUCUCGAGUUUCGGUCCUGGUAUCAUGACAAUUAGUAGCAGGCCUGUUGCUAGAGCGGGGGUUGUUGGAGUGGAUUCAACGCCCGGGGGUCGGUUGGGGUGUCAGAUUGGUUUAUCUAAGCUCAGGUUGGUGACGUUAUCGUGUAUUGGAUCAAGUAGAAUAGGAUUGAUUGUAGUGAGAUUGUUUAGUUGGUUGCCCUUAAUCUUCGAAAUGAAUUUUGCAUGUGUGGUUUGGAAUUAUCCCAAAAUUGAAGGAGAAAGUGGUUUGGUUUUAAGGCGAUCUCAUUCUCAGGAUUAGUUGGUUGGGCAUCUAGCGAAGCUGGUGUCACUGCCUCACUGAAUGGGUGCUGCCUAAUUCGUCUGAAUUGGGUUUGUGUGAGCUGUUGUCUUUAGAGUCGUCCUCCGAAUCGACUAUCUCAAAAGUUGGAGCUUGUACAUCCUGCAAAAUCUCAUUUUUUUUGGCAAUUCCGUUAUAGAAGUUGUCCUGGCACGGUCCUAUCUCUGGUGGUUGCAAGGUGAAGAUAGCAAGGCCGAACAGAAGAGAUUGCAAAGAAGGAUAUUCAAGCAGCAACGCUGUACCAACGCACCAACCUCUAAACACGUUGUAUGUGGAACAUGUAGCAAUAUAAGGCGAAAGUCAUGCGUGAAUUGAGUAGCUCCAAUUCCUCGCAGCUUACACAGCUGCAAUGGACUGUGAAAGCUUCUUUCAGAAAGACCACUUUUUUUGUUACAAGCCACCACAGGCCCCAACGAGCCUCAUGCCGCAAAUGUGACGUGGGUGCCAGAGGAAGGGGUUCUUAAGGCUGGAGAUCAAGCACAGGAUUUAGUAGAUGGAUUAGACAGGACACUGAGUUUUUAGCGUCCAAUCUACCGACACAUCCUAAAUUUCACCAUGGGCGUUUAGCAAACGGUUUACAGUAUGUAAUUUUGCCCAACAAGUGCCACUAAGUAGGUACUGUUGCUCGUCAUGUCUCAUUGAACGCUGUGAAAGGCUUCUAGGGACAGGUUCUCGGUCGAAUGCCUACACGGAUUUUCACCAUACAGUCUUUCCUGUUCAUUCGCCAGUUACUGCUCAGGGUUCGCAAGAGCUCUUUUCUUCCUCUUGUUUUGGAAGCACUUCAUGAGAUAGCAUGUAAGCCUAAAUUCUUGGCAUCUCGGAUAGAGAAAGAGAGAAAGGCGGAUCUUUCGGAGCUACAGAUGAUGAAUACCAUUGAAUACAGGGUCGAUUGUCAGACGCAGCUUCUGCAGCAUCUGCACUCAGAGAAUAUGUCAGGAUAUCGCUUCCCAAUAGGUCUGGAGGAGCAAAUAAAAAAGUGGGACCCUGAAACAAUUAAGGCUUUUCACGUACAUUGGUAUUUCUUAGCGAAUGCCACUCUUUUCAUAGUUGGUGACAUCGGCAGUGUCAUCCGUACUGUAGAGAUGAUUGAGGCACAAUUUGCUGCAACACCAGCGGGGGUGAUCACAUCUACGCAUACUUCCUUAGAGAACAUCAACCUAACUUCUAUAGUAGUUGCCACGUUGAAGGAAAGACAUCAUGUUAGACCCCCGUUACAACACACAUGGUCCUUGCCAAGUACUGAAAAACAACUGAAGAAACCUGUUAUUUUCCAACAUGGGCUUCUUCAAAACAUUUCCAUCAGUUUAUUUUGCAAGACUCCUGUACAGAAAGUUCAGACAUCUUCUGAUUUGAGGGAUGUUCUAAUGAGGCGGAUUUUUCUAUCAACGCUUCAGUUUUGCACCAACACACGCUACAAGAGUGCCACUCCGCCAUUCAAUGGAGUUGAACUCGACCACAGCGACUCAGGCAGAGAAGGGUGUACCGUUUCUACUCUUAAACCGCAGAGCCUAGUCAUUGGGAAGAUGCAGUCAAAGUUGGCCUUCAAGAGGUUGGUUUUACUCAUAUCUUCGAAUCAUCUCUUCUUACAUUUUGAUGUCACUGAAGACAGGCGAAGGUGACGUUAGCUUUUCAAUUUACUUGAUUGUACAAACAAAAGUGUGCAUACCGGCAGUGACUUGUGCAUAUGGGCUCUUGUAUAUGGGCUCUUGGAAUUCCUUUUAAAGUGUAUAAGAAGUCUCCUCUGUGUUGCAAGUUAGAAGUAUUGAAUUUUGAUAUAGUACAAUAGUAGGGAACAACUAGUUCAAUGUGUUUAGAUCAUUGAAUGUUAAUGUAUGCUACUGAGAAUCUACUUCUAUGGAAACACUUGACCUUCUUUUUGUCGAUGAAGGUGAUCAGUUGUAAGUA